CCUGCUCUGUGCUCCAAAGGUCUCCUUAUCUCUCUGUUGGCUAAAUAGGACCUUACUCAUCCACACAGCAGCUCAGCCACCCAGCCACCACUGGGAGGCUGCCUUGCAGCGGGGACAGCAUCCGACUUGGAGUCUGGACCACUGGGCUGCUGUAGAACUUCAGGCGCACUCCUGUGUGGUAUUUAGUUUCCCCACGUCCGUUGGAACCAUCCUGGAAGUCAGGACAGGAGCUGGUUCUUGGGGAAGACCUGGCUCAGGACAUGGAUUGCCAUACCGCCCUUUUCCUCUGCCUAAGUCUCGUGACUUCUCAGAGUGGGGCAGCAGAGGCAGCCCAAGAACCCCAGCAGUGGAUGGAGAGAAUGGAGGCGGCACUAAGGGGACGGAACUGGAUUAAUUCUGCUGAGCUCAUCCAUGGUCUGGAGUACAGACUUCUGAAUGCCACCUUCAAGGGCAACAACCUCACCUUGCAGACACCCACCAUUCAGAUACUGGCCUUCAAGCUGGGCUGCGACUUUGCAGGCCUCUCGCUGAACAGUGAUGCUAUGGAGCGGAUUCCCCAGGCGCGGGCUCCUCACGCCAUGCAGUUCCCCACUGAGCUCACCCAGAAGGCCUGCAGGGCACGCCCCAGGGAGCUCCGUCUCAUCUGCAUGUAUUUCUUCACCGCUAGCUUUUUCCAGAAUGACAACUCACCUCUGCUCAAUAACUAUGUCCUGGGGGCCCAGCUGGGCCACGAACACGUGAACAACCUCAAGGAGCCCAUCAACAUCAGCUUCUGGCACAACCAAAGCCUGGAAGGCUACACAAUGACCUGUGUCUUCUGGAAGGAGGGAGCCAGCAAGCGCCACUGGGGGGUCUGGAGUCCUGAGGGCUGUCGCACGGAGCAGCCCUCACCUUCCCAGGUGCUCUGCCGCUGCAACCACCUCAGCUACUUCGCUGUUCUCAUGCAACUCUCCCCAGCCCCACUCCCUGCCGAGUUGCUGGCACCGCUCACGUACAUCUCCCUCGUGGGCUGCAGCAUCUCCAUCGUGGCUUCGCUGCUCACCCUCCUGCUGCACUUCCACUCCAGAAAGCAGAGUAACUUCAUAACACGCAUCCACAUGAACCUGCACGCGUCCGUGCUGCUCCUGAACGUCGCCUUCCUGCUGAGCCCCGCACUGGCCGUGCUCUCCGUGCCCGGGCCGGCGUGCGUGGCGCUGGCCGCCUUCCUGCACUACGCACUGCUCAGCUGCCUCACCUGGAUGGCCAUUGAGGGCUUCAACCUCUACCUCCUCCUGGGGCGCGUCUACAACAUCUACAUCCGGAGAUACGUGCCCAAGCUCUGCGCAGUGGGCUGGGGGGUCCCAGCCUGCCUGGUGUUGCUCCUCCUUGCCAUCAAGAACUCAUCUUAUGGACGCCGCAUAAUCCCACUCUCUGGCAGCCAGGGAAACAGCACGGGCUUCCAGAACAUGUCCAUGUGCUGGAUACGAAACCCUGAGGUGCACUAUGUCUUGGUCAUGGGCUAUGGUGGCCUCACGACCCUUUUCAACCUUGUGGUGUUGGCCUGGGCACUGUGGGCCCUGCGCAGGCUGAAGGCUCGGAAGGAGGCGCCAGGCACCUGGGCCUGCAGGGACACCGUCACCGUGCUGGGCCUCACUGUGCUGCUGGGCACCACCUGGGCCCUGGCUUUCUUCUCCUUCGGCAUCUUCCUGCUGCCCCAGCUCUUCCUCUUCACCAUCUUCAACUCUCUCUACGGUUUCUUCCUCUUCUUGUGGUUCUGGUCCCAGAGGUGUCGCGCAGAGGCGGAGGCGGAGGCGGAGGCAGAGAGGGAGGCGUUCGACUCCUCCCAGAUGAUGCAGUAGCCUGGACCUCCUGGCCUGGAACCGCCAACCUCUCUGGCCUAAAUCCCAAGGCCCUGGCUUCCACCAGUGAUGGUGGCAGGCCAGCUGCUGGACACCAUAGGCCUUGUGCCCUCUAGGGAGGUUUUCCACCUCCAUGGCUUACCCGGGUCCAGAGGGAAAUGCCCAGAAUGACCUUGGUGUUCUACUCCGGGGCAGGUCCAACCCCAUGAGGGGCAGCAAACUUCACCCUGGUGCUUGGGCCCAGCUGGCCAGGCCUAUGGACAGAGCUCUGGCCUGGGAGCCAGGCCAUGUUUCAAGGCUUGGCUCUGCGUCUUACUGUAUGACUUUGGGCCUGUCAUUUCUCACUGACGCUUGGUUUCCACAUCUGACAUGAGGCUGAUGGUGCUCUGGUCCUGCCUAGGUUAAGAGCUUUGUGAAGCCUGAAUAAAGCCAGGAGGAAGAGGGUCCAUAGAGGACCCCGUUAACUGCAUCUGCCUGCUGGGCCGUGCCACCUUCCUCCUGGCCACAUCCUGGCCCAGUGCCCAGGGCUUAGAGACCCACCCACUGUCUGGGACCUCAUCAACCUAUGCCCAAGGCCUCUUUUCCUUUAAUCCCCCCAAAAUGAUGAUGACCCCAACUCCAUGCCCACCGUUCUCAAAGAUCAGGAAGCCCAGUCUUUCCCAGAGGCUCCUCCUCCCUCCAGUGCUUCCAAGUCUCCCUUGGCCAUUUAGACCAGUGGCUGGGGCCAUAGAGCUUCCAGGGGGUAGGAGGGAAAUGCCCCUUUUCCCUACACCUGAGCCAGCUGGGCCUCAGUGACCAAGCUAUUUGAUGACUGGGUAGAAUUGAACUUCCCUUGGUAGGCAUUAGGGUGUGGGUUCUAAGUCCAAACUCAGGCCACAGUUGCAGAGAAUCACCAUUGCCCUUGACCUGUCCGUCAGACUAAGUGGGAAAUUCAUGAAGCUAGAGCCUUUCCCAGGCUGCACACCAGGGGGCGAUAUUGGCCUGUGUGCAGAGACCAUUGGCACCCAAACCGCUCUGGAAAUGCUGAGGUCACCUGUGAACAUGACCAAGCAGAGGGAGAGGUCCUGCCUCCAAGACUGCGCCUGCUGAGAGACCAGGAGGAGGAGUGUCAGCACUGUUCACAUAGCCGUUUCUUGCUUCACCCAACACAGCUGCCCACUCCGGCUCCUGGGGUCUCGCGCUCAGUGGGCUGGGGUAGGCCCUCAGGGCCCUGCUCCAGGCCAUCAAGUGGGUUUUAAUGACUUUGAAUGGCACAGGGGAGGAACUGCAGCUGGAUCCCUUUCGUUUUGCCCUUUGUUCAUUUCCUGAUGCAAAGAACCCUUCACUAGGUGGUAAGUGAUGCGGGCUCCGGAGCUAGCCGGCCUGGGCUUAAAGGCCAGCUCUGCCACUUGCUAACUAAGUGACUGUGGACAAGCCACUCAACCUCUCUGUGCCUUAGUUUUCUCACCUGUAAAUAGGUGGGAACAUAAGUAGGACUUGUUUUGAAGGUUAAAUAAAACAGUCCAUGUAAAGAGGCUUAGCACAGAGUAACUGCUCAACAAAUGAUUAUUAGUGUUCUCAUUAGUAUUUUUGCUAUUAUUUUUAACAGUGUCAGCUAAGUCUCAGAGGCCAACCUGUCUAAGCCCCAGGCCCAGGCCUGCUCAACAUCACAGUCCCAGCUCCUCACUGAGCACAUUCUGCGGCCCCUUGGCUGGGCCACCUCCUCCCACUUCCUUUCCCAGAGUGGCCUUUGCUCCAGCCUCGGUGGCCUUCGGCUGUUUUAGGAAUAUUCCCCACACAAUGCAGCCCCCCUGCUGUAGCCACAUGUCCCCCCAACCCCACCCUUCCAUUCUCCAAUCCUCUGCUCUAUUUAAAUACUUGGUGGCUCACAAAACACUUCUUCCAUGGAAUCUCUCCAAUUGCCCUGCAGAGAAACUGUCUUUCCUGUUCUGACUCCAAGCAAAGUGAACCCCAUCUCUAUCAGGGUGAUGUGAGUCCCCAUUCUAGCCCCCCUGGUUUAGCCCAGCCUUGACUUGUACAGGGCUCCCUAGGCCUUGGGGUGGCUCCAAUGUUAAUAAGAUGCUAAGGGAUCAUAGGAACCCCCGGCCCUUCUCUUGGGCAGCUCUGGGGAGUGGUGACCCAGGCUGGGUUGGCAGCCUGGUGAAGCGGGGCCUUGCCUGGGACCUCUCUUUUCACCCCCAGCUCAGGCCUGGCCUCUUAGACCCCGCUAAGGGUCUAAGCCUAGGGCUA